GGGUGUACGACGCGCGCGGGGCCGUGUGGCUGUCAGAUCAGAUGAGCGCGUGUGCGGAGGCCGACCUGUGCCCAGCGAGGAGACACUCUGUCCGGGGACGAAGUGACGCGACACCCCGGGAGCCCGUAUCCAUCUGCAGCGGGACGUGUCAGAGCUUUAACCCCGGGGAGAGAGCGCGCCUGGAGCAGCUCCGGAGCGGCUCCGGACCAGCGGCAUGUAGCGUGACUGCUUGCUUCCUAUAACCACCAGCUCUUCCUCCUCCUCCUCCUCUUGCACCAUAGUUUCCUCCUGACACUUCUUACGCCAUGGGUGGGAGUCUGGGCUGCCACCGCUCCAUCCCCAGGGACCCCACGGACUUCAGCUCGGGCAAACGCAAAUACAGCGCCGCCUGCAACUUCAGCAACAUCAUGGUGAACCAGGAACGCCUCAACAUCAACACAGCCACCGAGGAGGAGCUUAUGACUUUACCCGGAGUCAACCGCAUCGUGGCGCAAAAUAUCGUAGAGUACCGGGACUGUAUAGGCGGGUUUAAGAAGGUGGAAGACUUGGCUUUGGUCAGCGGGGUCGGCGCUACCAAACUCGAAGCUAUAAAACUGGAAAUUUGCGUUUCUAGCCGGACAAGUUCUUCGCAACAUUCGCCGUCUUCGAUUCGGAAAGAUUUUGACUGUCAAUCGUCUAACGGGAUCAAUAUUAACACAGCUACGCCAGCGCAGCUUAUGAGUAUCAAAGGUAUCACGGAGAAAAUCGCGAAGAACAUUGUCGCUUUCCGAACGGAGAACGGACCUUUCAGAACGAUUGAAGAUCUCGUGAGGGUGAACCACAUCAACAGCUCGCUACUGGAUAAAAUUCGUUUUCAGAUUUACGUCCAGCGAUCCAGAGCGGCGUCCACGAACACGAACGGCGGGCUCACGUUCACCACCAAGUCUCAGCCCAGUCCGACCUCUUUCAGCCUGAAGAGCGACGAUCUGGACCUGCCGCCGGGGGGCCCCACGCAGAUCCCGUCGUUCAGGCCCAAAGUGGAGCCUCCGUCCGGGGUGAGGGAGGGGAAGCCCGUGGUGCGUCUGGCCACGUGGAGUCUCCAGGGCUGCUCCAACGACAAAGCCAACAACCCCGGGGUCAGGGAGGUGGUGUGUAUGACCCUGCUGGAGAACGGCAUCAAGUUACUGGCUGUUCAGGACCUGCUGGACCGAGAGGCACUGGAUAAGUUCUGUGUGGAGCUGAACCAGGCCAGUCUGUCCAGUGUUCGUAACUGGAAGUCUCCCCGCGGGCUGUGGAAGAGCGCAGUGUCAGAGCGACCCACAGGACCCUCCACCAAGGGGAGGAGCUUCUGCGGGUUCAUGUGGGACAGCGCCUCUGGCAUCGACCUGAAAGAAGCCGCCAUUUUGGAGUCCACGGUUACCAACGGCAACGGGACCCGCGGCCAGCCAGGACUCUACAAGGCUCUGUUCACUGUGGGGUCGUACGAGCUGAAGCUGGUGAACGUGCACAUGCAGAUCACCGGUGCAGAGAACGGCACCAAUGGCACCAAUGGAAAGAACGGGCACAGUGAUGAAAACAAGCACCACCGGCUGUCCCCGGGCAUCCUGGACACUCUCAGAGGACCUGAUGCCUCUAACCCUCCUCUCCGUCCGUCCUCAGGUCACUGCGUGGUGGUGCGUGAGGGCAUGACCAACCCCUGGAUCCCCGACAACUGGUCCUGGGGCGGCGUGGCUUCUGACCACUGCCCCGUCCUGGCCGAGCUGUACCUGGACCUGCCCCACAAAGACCCGCCCCGCCCCGGAGUCACCGUGGACCGGGGGGAGGAGCUGCCCAAGCACGAGCGAUGACGUCACACGAACGCCGGGGGAUGAUUGGACGUGACAGCUGCUUGUUAGUGAAUGUGAAAGAGGAUGUUUAUUUAGAGAUGAUUGUGGUGGUAAGUUACAGAGCCAUAUUUGAAGAGACUGUAAAAUAUAAUAUAAAACUAAAACGGACUAUAUGAAGACAAUUGUGCCAUACAUUUUCUAAAGAGAUGAAUAAAUAAAUGUAAGUGCUUUAA